AGUCGCGCGCCGGCGGCCGACGGAGGAGGAUAAAGUGGAUUAUCGAAGGGAGCGGAUUUAAGUGCGUGCGCAGUGCGCGAAGUGCGAACACGGCGCCGGAUAUACGGGACGCUGCGAAGGUUAGAUAAAUGGUGAGAGCCCAGCGCAAGCCAUGUACAAUCUGAACGUGAACGUGAAUCCCAGCCCGACCGGGGCUGCGGGUCUUCUCGGUGUCACGGCGGCGGCGGCCGAGGUCACGCCAAGGACACCGGAAAUCGUAAAUUCGCUGAUCGCCAUGACCAAUCCCUUCGAGGGCUACGGCAGCGGCAACGAGAAGGGCAUGCGGGACCGUACGGACUCGACCAGCAGUGGCGAACCGAGCCCGCCAAGCGUCCAGCACACCUGUAGUCAGCUUAUCAAAGAAGGGCUGAAGCUAACGCUGCAGACGAAGAGGCGGGCGACCAGUAGUAGCGACUACGGUCAGAAGAAAACGAAGAAGGAGGAUGGCAGCGGCGCCGAUGACGAGGAAGAGGACGAGGUGAGCAACAACAACAAUAGAGCUGGCCUGACGCCGGAGGACGAGGAGCGACGCCGGCGGCGGCGCGAGCGGAACAAGAUCGCGGCGACCAAGUGCCGGUUGAAGAAGCGCGAGAAAACGGUGAUCCUCGUGCAGGAAUCCGAAAUCCUCGAGACCCAGAAUCACGAUCUGAAGUCGCAGAUCCAGGAGUUGGAGACACAGAGGCGCAGGCUGGUCGACAUGCUGAGCCUCCACAGUCCGACCUGCUUGAAGCAGGGCGUGGACGCGACGUCGUAUCAGCAGUUCGCCGAGCCCCUUCAUCUGCCCAGUUAUCAAGACAAUUUUGUGCCACAGCAACCCCCGCCGGCCCUGAAUCAGCCGCAGAACUGCGUCACCGAUUAUCCGGUGAAGGUCGAGGAGUACGAGACCGAUUUCUACCGGCAGAGUAGUCCCUUCGUGCCGACAACAUCGGACGCUGGUUGCACGGUUUAGCGAAACGGCGAAAAUCGUUUUUCUUCGCCAUCUCGAGGGAGGGAGGAUCGUCGAGAAGCUCGAAACGCGUGUAUAAUAAUUGAAGGUUCUUGGAGUAUUAGAGACGGUCUUACCAACGUUAAUUUAAAUUGGCCAAGGUACAUAACUUCAAAAGAGAGAGAGAGCUAUUUAAGAAACUUUUAUAAAUAAAUAUAUAUAUAUUUUUGUUCCACGGAUAAAUGAUAAAAUUAAGAUUGAAAAUUAUCUGGUGAAUGUUAAUCGACAUUGGUGAAAGUAACUUUUUGCGAAUUUAAAGAUUUUUUAUUUUUAUUAAAUUCAACUUUCUUUUGCCCUUGUGUUCGCAGACUAAAUCCUUGUAUAAAAUUUCAAUUGAGUUGAAAGCCAAGGAAAUUUUCGGAAGAAAUUUUGAUAUUUUAUAUUAAUAUAUAUAUCAGUAUAUAUUAUAUGUUUAGUUUACAAUUUAUAUAUCUGAAU